AAAUGAUGGUUCCUUAUCAAAUUCUGCUUCUUGCAUUUGUCGUGUGCCUGACUCUGUUCAAUGUGUUGCUGUGGAGCAAGUCUAAUUACGGAUUUUAUGAGAAACCAAAAGAAGUCUUACCCUCCGGAACUGAUCAAGAGUUGUUGCUGGAUAUUCAAGACAAAAUCAAUGGACUAAUGCAGACACGCAAGACUUCACCAGAGUUCCAGUCACUUUUUGCUGAAAUGAAAGCCUACUCAACUGGACAAGUGACAACUAGAAAAUCCGUUUUAGGCCAAGUUUCCAGCGCCGACCAGUUUCCUCUGUUAUACGGAGCUCUUGCUCCAGAGGUGUUUUGUCCGGAAAAAGUACGUGUUGGAACAAUUGGUGACGGAGGAAAAUGGGUGUGUAAUCCGUGGAAUGUUCCCGAAGAUUCGGUAUUGUUUUCUCUCGGGCUCAAUAAUUAUAUUAAUUUUGAAGAAGAAUGGCAGAAGCUGAAUAAAAAUCGCAACAUUUUGUAUGGAUUUGAUGUGGACACACAAAAGGAUGAGACUCUACAGUCCUACUCCCAAAUCCGAGGAACCGCAAUGAAAGCUAAAAUUUCUCCGGAAACUAGCAUUGCUCUGAGUGCUUAUACAAUUUCCGACCUUGCCAAGCACUUCAAUGUUUCAAAGAUUGAGAUUCUAAAAAUCGAUAUCGAAGGUGCAGAGCUGACUUGUUUGAUACCAUUCCUGAAGAACUACGAAGUUUGUCAAAUCUACAUUGAAAUUCAUGGAGGUGCUCCGGAACAUGCUCACCUUCUAGCACAGAUUGCUCACUUGGGAUAUCGAUUAUUUUCAUAUGAAGUCAAUGGAUAUGCAAUGAAUGCUUGUGAAUAUAGCUUUAUUCAUGAGAAGUGCGUUGAGAAGUAUGGUGGAUUGAAAGUUGCCAACUAUUUGGACUUUGAGAACUGAUUUAUUUUUGUUGUUUAAUUGCGGGAUUUAAUUUAAUGAAGUGUUAAAA